AUGGAAUUUUUAUUGGGUGCUUUGGGUGCCAGUGGCGCUGUGUGCUUCACCAAUCCAUUGGAAGUAAUAAAAACCCGGUUUCAGCUACAAGGAGAGCUGAAAAAAGUCGGCAACUAUAAAGUCCACUACAGAAACUUUGCUCACGCUAUUUACGUUGUAGCAAAAAACGAAGGGCCGUUGGCUCUGCAAAAGGGCCUGUUACCGUCCAUGGGACACCAAGUGUUCUUGAAUGGUACACGAUUAGGCAUUUUCGAUUUGGCUCAAAAAAAAAAAUGGAUACUUAAAAGUGAUGGCAACGUUUCGCUCAUUAAGUCCGCUCUCGUCGGAGCCGGAGCUGGCAUGUUGGGUGGUUUUUUAGGCAGUCCACUGGGCAUGUUAAAAAUUCAUCUGCAAUCGUUUUCCGCCCAAUCAAUCGCUGUAGGCCAUCAGCACAACACCACAAGCACAAUAAACGGUCUGUUGACUUUGUACCGUAAGUACGGCGUGGUCCAUGGGCUUUGGCGUGGGGCCACUGGGGCCAUGGUACGUAUUGGUGUUGCGUCGGCUACGCAAUUGAGUACGAUAAGCUUACUCAAUGAAGCGCUCAUCGACCAUGGGGUAUUGACCAAGGAUCAGAAAUUCCUGAGCACCCUCAUAUGCAGCAUGCUGGGUGGAGUAUUGAUGUCAAUAGUGAUGGCACCAUUCGAUCUAGUAUCCACCAGACUCUAUAACCAAGCUGUCGACGCCAGAGGCCGUGGUCUUCUAUAUUCAUCGUACAUGGAAUGUAUGACCAAGACUUUCAGACAAGAAGGAAUCUACGGGCUUUACAAAGGCGUCGUUCCGUGCUACCUCCGACUCGGACCCCACGUUGUUCUAAGCAUGGUGUUCUGGGACAGGUUGCGACAAUUUGAAUCGAAUAUGUCCAACCACAUUAAAGCCAUGCAGAGUCUUUGA